AUCAGAGUUGUGUGAAUAGAAUACAGCAAAAAUGGCCCAUUCGGUGAGGAAUAUUCUACAUCAGAAACCAUAUCUUAGUUAGAGGUUAUUAGCGUUUUAGUUUUGUUUUCAUGGAGAUGCGCUAAUUUGAUGCGGUGAAAGCCGAGAAAAAUGUAGUAAAUAAUGUUAAAUAAUAGUAAAUAAUUAUAUGUAACAAUAACUAAUCAGAUUUUGUUCUGAAGAUUCGUUUGAAUUAAAAAAUAUUAGAUUGUUUAAGAAAAUGGUAUGGAAAUACCUAAGAAGUUUGAUGGUUGACAAAAUUGACGAGUAGCAUGUCGGAAGGACCUGAUGUUUCUCUAGAAAAUGUCACAAUAAAGCAAAAGGAUGAAAAAGCUGCUUCUUCACCACCUGUUCCUCCACAUGAUCUCUCUUUAAAUCUUGAUUUAUAUAAUUACGACUCGCCUGAUGCUCAAUCUUGUCAGUAUGUGCUUACAAGUCCUCGAUCUUUAGAAGCUUGUUCCAGAGUUGGCGUGAAGCCUGUUGACCUUCUUCAUAAGUCAUUAGCAGAAUUUUCUGAUGAUCUUGAUGUUAACAAACCUUUGGAAGAUAUAGUAAAACUUUAUGAUGAGUUUGAACAGCAGAGAAUAAUUUUAUUACAAAAGUGUCAAGCUGAGAGAGAAUUUAUUAUCUGGAGAAGUGCAACUAAACGGCGUGCCCACUCACUUUCACCAGGUUGUCGUGAUAAACUACAUAGACAAUUUAAGAAGAAAGACCCACAAAGUAAUCGAACAUUAACCCAAUCAUUCAAAUUAUCAACGAGGAGAAAAUCUCAUGAUGAUAUCCUAACUGCUUCAGCAGAUCAUGCUAGUGGUUCACUCCAGCGUUCCCGAAGUUCUUCUGUGAAGAAUCUUCAUCGAAGUGGUAGGCCCACCAGUUGGUCAACUCCAUGCUCUCCAUAUUAUCAAGGUUCACGUAACCUCUUUGUUCGCAUUACAUCGCCAGUUGUAUGUGCCAAGCUUCAAACAUUUCCUAAAGCUAAAAUGAGACUACCGCCUAAGGAUAUGAAAAUUCUUGAGGUGAUUCUGCAGAAAUAUGAAAAACUGGAAGAAGAGGAGGAUAGAAAGGCUAGAGCUCAGAAGAACUGGGAUAAAGAGAAAGAAGAUCGUGACAAGAAGAAAGAAGAGGCUGAAAUGGAAAGGUGGAAAAACUUUGCCUUAAAACAAAAAAGGAGUAGCUCUGUUGAACAUUUGAAAAUAUCAUCAGAGAAAAGCACACCAACUCACCUGUGUUCUCGUUAUGCAGCCUCAGAAAUGUCAAGUAGUGAUAGUAAGGCUAUUUUUCAAAAGCGGCAUAGCUUUAAGGUAGCAAGAAAUCAAACCAAAUCGCAAGAAGAUCCACUAACUCCUAAAAGAAACUAUGCUUCCGAUAGACUGUCUCGUUACGAAGCUGAGCAGAAGCUGAAAGAGAUUCAGCAGAAACAGGAACAGGUUAAGAAAAGGAGAUUAGAAAUAAUUCAUAAGCGAGAAAAUAUGCUGAAGCGAAGUGCGGAUGAAUUCCAGGAGAAAUUAAAACAAGUUAAAUCAAAUCAACAGGAAAUGGACAAAGCUAUGGAACAGUGGCAGCACCAAGUUAUUUGCUACCAAGAAGUUGCUAACAUGAGAGCAGCUGAGAAAGUUGCUCAAACUGUUCAACAAAAACGUCUGAAAGCCAUGCAAGAUAGGCUUUCUAAGGAAGAAGAACACAAAAAGAAUAUGCAGAAAAUUGAAGCUGAAGAUUAUGCAAAACUGCAAGAAAUGAUGGAAAAACUUCGUAUGAAAGAUGAACGGUGUAAAGCAUUUAAGGAAGAAAAGAAUUCGUGCAUAGAACAAUCUCGCCAGUUGGCUAUGGCAGCGUCUGAUUUACGUGACCUUAUUCGACAGAGAUUAGACAAGGAUUCCUUUGUCCGCCGAAGUCAACAAGCUGCCUUAGAGUCAAGACUGUUGAGUAUUGAACCUCGCAUAUCUCGCUCGAAACCUAAAAGUCCUUCUGAAGAGAAAUAGUUUUUAUUUGUUUAUACAUAAAUCUUUUACCUUAUAUUUUGUAACUUAAUGUGUACUUGUAGAUUGUUAGUUCAACUUUUUUUACUCAAAUUACUUAUACUAUGUGAUUAGAAUUGUGAUAUUUUUUACUUUUAUACUUUGUUAUUGUUUUAUUUAAAAUGAUUGUUUGUUUGUUAUUUUAGUUGAAUUAGUUUAUUAUUUGUUUUUUUUUCACAUUAAUAUACUUUAAUAUUUAUAUUUACUAACUAUGCUGUUGGCAUACAGCGCACAGAUUUUAGGUACUUCGAAUCUGGCCAAAGAAGUUAAUAGUAUUAUAUACUCUUAUCAUUUUCAAAAUUAUGUAUUGCUAAAAAAUAUUGUACUAUUUAUGAAAUUUUCAAAGUGAUUUCAAAUGUACAUUUCUACAGUUAACAUUGAUAAAUUAUCUAGAAUAUUGGAUUGCUUUGAAAAUCUUCAGAUCUAUCUUCGAAUGUACAUUUCUGCUGUUAUCAUUGGACAAUUGUAAAUUAUCUAAAAUUAUUGAAAAGUGCUAUUGUACAAAUAACUAUGGAAUGUGAGUUUGAUCUUGAUUUUUCAUAUCAUAUUUUUGAAUAAUUAUGUACAAAUGAAUCUAAUUUGUUAAUUAGUCAUCAAUUAACCAAAUUAUACCAUUAAUUAGUUAAUCAAAAAUAAGUUCCUAAGUCAAAUCCCUCAUGUCAAAAUUCCAUACUUAACCAUAAUACUUAAAACUAAUUUUUGAAAUAAUGAAACUUGGUAUUUGUUUUUAUAAUCUAAACUUUUAAAAUAAUAUUAAAUACCUUUGUUAUUUGUUUUAACUUCUGCAGUAACAUUUAAAUAUGUACUUUACUCCGAAUAAUUAUUGUAACCAAAUCAUUUAAGAAUUUGUCAAAACCGUCAUUCAUACAGUUUACCUUUAUCUUCCAGUCUUAUUAACAAAAAAAAAUUAAAAUGAAGAGUGCCAAGAUUUUUGUCUAAUUUUUUAUCUGAAAAUGUGCCAAAAAGUCAGUUGAGAAAAAAAAAAUUUAUUUGUUUUUAUAAUUAAUCUGAAUUUUGAAAGGAGUGCUGCUCAGACGUGUUUUCUCACUUAUUUUAGAAGUUUAAGAAAUAAUACUAAUGUUCUUUGAGUACAGUAUACUGGUAAUAAUUUAAUAGAAAGAAAUUAUUUUAACUAAUUAUUAUUAUUUCUAACUUUCUUGAACUGUGUAAUUUAAAUAGUUAUACAUAAAUCAAUGAAUCUCAAUUUUUUUCACUUUAAUCCCGAAAGAAUAGUUACAAAAUUUAACUACCAUUCUUUAAUUAAACUGGAAGACUCCAUCCCCUGCUCGUUCCACUCACAAAUUCCUGUGAUUGCUUCUCAUUCAGCGUUGUUUAUAUUCUGAACGUCAAUAUGUUUAAAAAAAACAAAACAAAGAUAAUUUUGUUUAUAAAAUAUUUAAUUUUAUGUAAAAAUAUUUCAUUAAUAUGUUAAUCAUAAAGCAAUAAAUGAUUACCUGGAUUUGAAAAUUAAACAACUGUUUUAUAGUUUUGUUGCAACGAAACAAAAUGCAAGGUAAAAGAAAAAUAGUGAGAAAAUUCAGAAAAAAGCAUUGAAAUUGCAAUCACUUUCGAACAAUUUAGUAUUUUCAGAGAAACUUGUGUUAAGUAUAUAAACUCAAAAUAGUACUUUCAGUAUACCAAAUUUCGACUUUGAAUUGCAUUUCUGUGGGCUGCAGAGCAGCUUUUACGGUAUUUCUUAUUACAGGUUUUGCAGUUUACAAUUCACAUAUUAAUUAUCAAUUAUUUUUUUUUAAAUUUCAUUACAUACUCUACAUUUUCAACACAAUUUCACAUUUUAAUGCAGGGUUCAUGCACACGGAAUCGUCAGGAAAUUUGACCCCCAAUCAGAUUGAAAGAUUUCACUUUUCCAUUUAGUGUAUUCUCAAAAUUCUAUUAUUCUUAAGCGUUUCUGGAGUGUUGUUAGUUUGAUGUCUGACUUAGGAACUUGAAACUUUUGCAUUGAGAGUAUUGUCAGAUUUCUUUUUCCUGGAAAAAAAAAUCCAGUUUUGUUCUUUAAUUUUUGAUAUCUUAUUACCACAAAUUAUUGUUUUAUAAUUUCGUAUAAUGCAUCAAUUAUAGGAACAAAACGUCUUUUUUAUCAUCUGUAUGUUCAUUUGAUAUCUAUUAAAGAAACAAUAUUUUUUAAUUGAA